CCAUCCUCCCUUGCAAGGUUAUUGGAGCACAACCACCAAUUCGUAACCUAACUAACCUUCUCACCAAGCUCCUUUCCCUCUCUGACUCCAUCAUGAACCCGGCAUCCGCUCGCUGCUCUGCAUAUUUCUUCUCUAGAAUUCUCUUCCACCGCGGUAAAUCCUCGUCCCACGCCUACGUCAACCUCCACAGAUUCCCCGAAAUCCCUAAGCAAUCCUUGAUUCCAAAGCCUUCUGCUGAUCCGAACCCCCAAUUUCCUCCACAAAACACCAUAAAUUUCCUCUCAAAAUCGAAUCUUUCCGCGUCGAGAUCUAUUUUGCUUUCCUUUUCACGAAUUCGUAAGGAAUCGGCGGAUUUCUCGCAAAGAUCGCACCUUUCCCCCUUUUCCACCUCUCCGAUCAGGUUCAUGGGAAACGAUGCGCCACAGGAACCCUCCGCCGGCGCGGCGGCGGCGGAGCCAGCCUCGCCAAUUCGCGUGGUGUCGACGUUCGCGUCGCCGUUCGACGCAGCUCCACCGCACAUCGACGCGGGGUCGUCGGUCCGGAAGCCGCUCAGCUUGUGGCCGGGGAUGUACCAUUCGCCGGUGACCAAGGCGCUCUGGGAGGCGCGCUCGAGCAUCUUCGAGAGGCUUCUGGACCCGGACAAAGACGGGCCACCGCAGACGGAGUUGCUCACGAGGACGCCGGCGCAGAGCAGGACGAGGAUCGUGUACAAUUUCUCAAGCGAUUACAUACUGAGAGAGCAGUACCGUGAUCCAUGGUAUAAAGUCCGAAUCGAAAAGUUGCUGGAGGAUCUUGAUGCUCUCGCCGGGACGAUUGCCGUGAAGCACUGUUCGGAUGAUGAUAGCACCACAAGGCCUCUCUUGUUGGUCACUGCUUCUGUGGAUAAGAUGGUUCUGAAGAAGCCAUUGCGUGUGGACACUGAUCUAAAGAUAGAAGGUGCUGUCACUUGGGUGGGUCGUUCAUCCAUUGAGAUCCAAAUUGAAGUUAGACAGAAUCAACAAGAUGACUCUAAACCGUCAAAUCCUGUGGCCUUGACGGCAAACUUCACAUUCGUUGCGCGCGAUUCAAAAACCGGAAAGUCAGCUCCUGUAAACCGCUUGUCACCCCAAACUGAGCAAGAAAAGUUGCUGUUUGAACAAGCAGAAGAAAAGGAUAAACUCCGGAAAAGAAAACGUGAGGAACAGAAAAGAGGAUACGAAACUGGUGUCCAUAGUUUCCAUGGCGAUGAUGCAAAGAGGUUAAAGGAUUUGUUAGCAGAAGGCCGUGUGUUUUGUGAUAUGCCUGCAUUAGCGGAUAGAGACAGCAUUCUGAUAAGAGACACCCGACUCGAAAAUUCACUAAUCUGCCAACCUCAACAGAGAAAUCUCCAUGGCCGUAUUUUUGGAGGAUUUUUGAUGAACUUGGCGUAUGAAUUGGCCUUAUCUACUGCAUAUGCAUUUGUUGGGCAGAUGCCUUCCUUUCUUGAACUAGACCAUGUUGAUUUCUUGAAACCAGUCGAUGUAGGAGACUUCUUGCGACUAAAAUCUUGCGUUCUCUAUACACAACUAGAGAACCCGGAGAAACCUUUGAUCAAUGUUGAAGUUGUUGCUCAUGUAACAAGACCUGAGCUCCGAACCAGCGAGGUCUCAAACACAUUCUACUUCACUUUCACUGUCAAUUAUGAUGCCCUAAAGAAUGGACUCAAGAUUCGCAAUGUGGUUCCUGCAACUGAAGAAGAAGCCCGUCGAGUCCUCGAGCGUAUGGAUGCUGAAAAAUUAUUUGGUUAACUAGGUUAGAUCGGCAUCCUUUCAGUAGGAAGAUUGUUCUCCUUGCACUCUAGAAAUAAGAACGAAGCAGUUAAUCUAUUCAUUAAUAUUGCUGUUGGCAUGUAAACUUAUUCCAAAGAAAAAUUGACUUUGUGUAAGAACAAUGCCAAGCACAACUUGAUUUCAUCAACCAUGCAAGGCAGUUGUCAAAAUCAAUUUGACUUCAUGUGACUCUUUAAGUUUAAUGAAACUCUUUAUGGCAA